AGUCCGGAGCUUCCACCCCGGGGCCUAAACUCGAGUCCAAAAGAUGGGGCCUCGAUGUGUGGUUUCUGGGCCGCGGGACGCUGUGGGCCGCUUUCCCCUCUCCAGAGUGAGCUAACGCAGGAUAACGCUGCACUGCUCCGAGCCCCGCCCCGCCCCAUGCCGCGUCUGGAAGGCGUGGCCGAGAAGCGAGAUCUCCGCGCACGCGCGGCGCAGGCGCGCUUGGAUCCGGCGCUGUCGCCCUCGGGUGACGGCGGAGUUUCCCUCUUGAAUUCCAGGUAUCCACGCGAAGCGCACGCCGGGCAGGAGGCCUACCCCGGAGGCAUCUGGCCCGGGACUCCGCGGAUUCUGGAGGCUGAGGCCCACGUGCACGCAAGACCUCCGCGGCUUCUGGGCCGCCCAGUCCCGGGACGGGCGUGCUCACUCAGAGCUUCCGCGCCUCUCCUCGGGUUCCUCUGCUGGAUUGUAGCCCCGGCUGGGCACCAGGAGUACAAAGCGAAAAUCCCACGCCGAUCCAUCUGUUCUCCACCGUCUCCAGGGAGACACGGACAACAGAACAGUUCCGUGUGCUAAAUAGUAAAGCACUAA